UGACUUUGCAGUGCACUCGUUCCUACUGUUAUCACUUAAGCUGAUUCACUUCCUUCUUUCUAUGGGCUCAUUAGUCUACAUACCAACUACCAUACACAUAGCCUCGUUUUCCAGUUUGGAAAUAUGGUACCUACAGAACAAUAAUUUCUGUUCAAUGAUUGAAUUGCAAAAAUUCGAUGGAGAUUGUUUGUGCAAUAAGCAACCUAUUCGUAGGUCUUGUCGUCGGCUUCACGGCUUCUAGCAGCACUUCUGCAGAGAUUUGGGGAGCAAUUUUUCUGAUCGUAUUUGCCCUUCUUCUAAUCAGCAAAAAGCUGAAAACCAAGAGAAUCAUUAUUGGAAUGGCAGUGAAGGCUUCUUUGGUAGGUAUUACGCUACUGAUUUCAUACUCGAAGAGCCUUAGAAGCAAUCUAGGAUUACUCCACGAUUGCAAGUUGAUGCCCACGAUCGUCAAUGGAUUAAAAUUAUGUAGCAGAGUCGCUUUGGAUUUCUUUAUGGUUAUUUGUGGCUUUUUAAUCAUUACUGCAAAUAGCUUACUAGCCGCCAACGCUUUUAUCACUUCAAAACGAAGCCCAAACGCUAUCGUUUAAUUUCAACGCGACCUUCCCAAUGGAUGGAUGCAGAGAAUUACAGCUUAGAUGUAC